CCUCAUUCUCAAAGCAAUCGCUUCUUCCACACCAGUGCUCCCUUGCUCUUCUCCUUCCUUUAUCUCUCCCUGUCCUUUUCUCCUCUUUCAAUUGCUCUUUCAGUUUCCGUCUUCUAUUCUAUCAGUCGUUUUCCUCCUCAAGGUCGUCACGAUUCAAUACAAAGCGUUCCUUUGGCGUUCCGGUUUCUGUUAUCCACCAAAAUGGCUGCCCCAACCACUCCCUACCGCCUAACCACCUCUCGGAGCUACAUAUGGCCGUCCAGAGGCGAUUCUAGCUCUCGCCAGUUACAGCAACAACAGCAACAACAGCAACAGCAGCAGCAGCAACAGCAGCAACAGCAGCAAUACCAAUACCGAACGCCAUAUCAUAGAUAUCAACAACCACAUCAGCCACAAAGGAUAGCGAUCCAGCCCUCGAUACAGCAAAGUUAUUCUGAAGUUGAGCGCGACGAGCUUCAGAAUUCACUGAGCCAAAAAAAGCCCUACGAGAGUGUGCGGAUCCGUAUCAGCAAUCUUGACUCUAAUAUGACUGCAAUGGAUAUUAAGAAGAAGUUCGAACAAUUUGGAGAGAUUGGUGAUGUCACGGUGGAUAGGACUGAUGGCAGGCACGAUGCCAUCGUGCUUUUUGAGGCCCGACCUUACAAUAUACAAGGGCUCGUGAGUGUCCCGCAACAAAUAACAUUAAUUCAAUCCGGUGGUAGCGGGGGCACAUCAUGGUGCUCUGCCAAUAGCUUCGAACUAGGGCAGAAACUGGAAAAAAACGUCUUCUGCAGUGAAUUCGUGGCCACAUCUGGAGUCUCAAUACAGUUCCAGGAAAAUCGUAGGAUGAUAAAAAUUGGAUUUAAGAGAGAAUUCAAGGACACAGUCAUCAAAUACUAUGUCGAUAUGAAAUUUCACGACAUGGAGAAAGGGUGUAUUCAAAUCGAUGAUCUAAAAAACAAUACAGCCGCAAUCGUCAUCAACCUGCGCUUCCCACCCAUGUAUUGGCGCUAUGAUCCGAACAUGGAAAGUUCGGAUAAUUCAAAAUGGUCGAUGUUUUCGUGUAUGCGACGCGUGGUGGACAUUCCGAAAGAGGGUGCCGAAUUCCAUGUUAGACCACCCACUAACGUAAUGCCGCUUGAGCCAAGUCCACCAAAUCUUUCGGCAAUGCUCGGACGGUGGACUGUUAUCCGGUUGGUGGUUCCUCAGGAAAGCAGGGGGCUGGCAUUUUUUAAAAGGAAAUGCAGAGAUUUCAACCUCCUCAGUGUGGACAUGGUGCCAAAUAUCGUGCAGGAGAGCUCAUCCAGACCCGAUAUGGAUGCCUUUAAAGGACUUGACUUCGACGUGCGCUACAUGCUCGAAUCAGCGCUCUCCUUCAAUCUCGUCAUAGAUUAUGAUAUGACAUCUGAAGUGGCGGGGAUCUUACAUUAUCUAGAGCCCCUUAAAGCUACUAUGAUUCUUGAGAACAUCAUCUCAAAUCGUCAGCGUAUAUGGAACCUCAAGGACUACCUUGUAAAAGAAGCCGCCAAGCUAUCCAAGGCUGCUACCCGGCCUCGGAUAGUAGCAGAACAAUAUGUAAAUCUCAGGAAGAUUAUUGUUACACCUACUACCAUCCAUCUGCAGCCACCAACCCUCGAAACUUCCAACAGGAUAAUUCGGCAUUUUGUCCAACAACGCGACUAUUUCCUACGCGUUGAAUUCUCGGACGAAGGCAGUAAUCGUGUGUGGUCUAAGGACAGCACGAGUAAUGAAAAUAACGCCAUAUACAAUCGUAUCUUCUCAGCGUUGACACGCGGUAUCAAAAUAGGCGACCGCGAAUAUAGUUUUCUAGCUUUCUCAGCGAGUCAGUUGAGAGAAAACUCUGCGUGGUUUUUUUGUGCCCAGGGCGGCCCCGAUACGGUGGACAGUAUCCGACAAUGGAUGGGCGACUUUUCACGGAUAAAGUCGAUCGCCAAGUAUGCAGCACGGAUGGGUCAAUGUUUCUCAUCCACAAGAGCAAUCGCGAACUUGAUGUCUUCCGAAGUGGAAAUGAUUGAUGAUAUAGAGCAUGAUGGGGCCAUAUUCUCUGAUGGCUGUGGAAGAAUCUCUAGGACGUUGGCUGAGACGAUUGCUGUUGAAAUGGAGAAGGAAGUGAGGCCUUCAGCAUUUCAGAUCCGAUUGGGUGGAUCCAAAGGUGUUCUGGUCUACCAUCCGCCUUUGCGAGGGAAACGUGUGCAGAUCCGUCCAAGUAUGGAGAAAUUUAAGGCUUCGCAUUUGGUUCUCGAGGUGAUCAGGACCUCGUCAUUUAUCCCAAGCUUCCUAAAUAGGCAAAUCAUCAUUUUGCUUACAGGCUUGGGUGUUCCCGAACAGACCAUAUUGGACCUAAAGAACAGUAUGGUUCGGGAUCUAGAGGAAAUUGAGUCCAACGAUGCGGUCGCUAAUAGGAUGCUGCUGCAAAAUUGGGAUGAAAGUGGCACAUCCAAGAUGAUGACGACCAUGAUCCGAGCAGGAUUUCUGCAACGGGGAGACCCGUUCAUUAAGAAUUUAUUGACCCUCUUUAAGCUUCAAAUGUUGGAGGAGCUUGCCAAAAAGGCGAGGAUUUAUGUCCAAAAAGGCGCGUAUUUGCUUGGAGUAUGCGACGAAACAGGGAAGCUCAAGGAGGGCGAAAUUUUUGUCCAAGUUUCGGCCGUUGGGAAUCCUAGUAAGCGUGAGGUCAUCACAGGCAAGUGUGCUGUCGUGCGUUGUCCAUGUUUCCAUCCUGGAGACAUCAGGAUCGUUCAGGCUGUCGACUGUCCUGAGCUGUGGCAUUUGCGCGAUGUUGUGGUCUUUAAUACCAAAGGAGAACGGGGUAUUCCCAGUAUGUGCAGUGGAGGGGAUCUUGACGGAGACGGUUUUACGGUGAUUUGGGAUCCUGACAUUGUCGAAAAGAUAAAAGAAGUCCCACCGAUGGUCUAUGCUGGUCGCGAAGCCGAGAUGAGAGAUGAUGUCACGAUCCUAGACGUCAUGAAAUUUUUUGUUCAAUAUGCGGUCCUGAACAAUCUAGGCCAAAUCGCUAACGCGCACUUGGCCCUCUCUGACUAUUAUGACGAGGGCCCCCACCACGGAAAAUGCCUUCGGCUUGCACAGCUCCAUUCUGACGCUGUAGAUUUCCCAAAGUCGGGGAAACCAGCGGAUUUUAGGGUAGAACUAAAGCCAAAGAAAUACCCUGAUUUUAUGGAAAAACCACCAGAAAAGACUUAUCCGUCCAAGAAAGUUCUUGGGCAGAUAUAUCGAGAAUGCGCUAAAACGGUGCCGUUCAAGCCAAAAAAUUAUGAACAAUCCUGCUGGGAGCGCCUUCUCAUUGAUGGCCAUGAAGACUACAUGCAGAAUGCUCGCCAAGUCAAAGAGCGAUACGAUGAUGAGGUUCGCUCUUUGAUGAACCAAUAUGGGAUCAAAAAUGAUCUAGAAUUGGUCAGCGGCUUUAUCAUGGGAGUCGAUCUAAUUACAAAUAAUCGCGAACACGAUAUCCGUAAAUCGAUCGUCACCGCGUAUUCCGCUAUCAGACGCAAGUUCCGUGCGGAACUGGAGCAAGAAUUUUAUGCGCCAGGCUCUAAAGAAGUUUCGCCCACCCAAAAAAAAUAUGUAGAGAUGAAGGCCGCAGCAUGGUAUGCGGUUUGCUACCAGAACUUACGACCCGAUCAACCAUAUACUUUUGCAUGGAUUGGGUGGGACUACCUGUGCAAGAUUGCUUCGAGAGUGCGGGUUGUUGUACCGUCGCCACGCUCUGCGCUGCAGGAGCAAUCGAGGGCCAUAAUGCGAUCACUAAUAGCCCCAACAGAGGAAUCGGGUUUAGGGAUGAACACACAGGAGGCGCAAGGGCUCGAAGUGGACCCGCCGGUCUCCAUAAACAAGAUUCCCAGUAAUAGAACGGAAGAGCGGCAGGAUCAGCUGACUCUAUAUAGUGAUACUGUUGGAGAACUUCCUCCGUACACAUAUGAGUUACCAGCUAAGCUUCUACAGGGACGUGACUCAGGGAUUGGGACGAAUCAUGCACCUAAUGGUUCUGUCGAUUUGAUCGACUUUGACUCCAACACAUUCAUCGAAGAUCUUGGACCGAGAGGGAAGCUUCGGAGGGGGUUUUUCAGUCGGCCAAAACAAGGAUACACAGUUAUUGAGCCAGAUGCUGAAGAUAGUAUACUGUCCUUGGCGCUUGGAUUUCAGACGUGAUUGCAAGUAUUUGUACGGGGACCACAUGCCGAGAAAACGGCUCUAGCAUUGAGAAUAAUAUGUUUUUUUUUUUGCUAUUGUACUAUUUUUACUAUUUUGCUUUGCCAUUUUGCUAUUUUACAG